AUGCUAUUUCCCUCAUACUCCUCCAUCAAGUCCCUUCUCACUGAUGCGGACUCCGAUGCCCUCUUGAAGAACGUUUUCCAUGGCUCGUCCAACAUGUCUGAUCGCGCCACUGCUGUCACUUCGGCACUUGGCCUUAUGUUCUUCGACCCUCAAGGAAAGCUCACGGUCGUUACCAUCUCAAAAAAGGUUAUCCUUGACAACGGCAUGUCGGCUGGCAUCUUCGCUUCCCUCCGAGACGACCUCGCCCAAGCGAUCCCCGUGACCAUUGACCCCGACGCACUCUCCAAACGGGUGAUCGGGGUGGGUAACAAUGGCCGCGCCGUCUCGUGCUGCGUCCCUCUACUAAAGGACACCCAGUACCACCCGAGCAACGCCAAGAACGCCAACGACGCAGACUUACCUGGAGACAUCGACUUCACAGUCGAAUCGCCAACUUUCUGUGCUGUCUCGGUUUUCUGCCCUCUUGUUCCAGGUAGCAAGAUGCCACCGGCUCUGGACCUUACCCAAGACGUCCCUGAAGAAGUUCUUUUAGCCCUUUCGCCCCACGAACGUCUAUGGGUCGAAGUUCAUGCCUUUCUCUUCAAGAAUACGAUGGGUAGAAGCCUUUUUGUUGAUGAGACCCUGGUUGGCAAGACUUCUAUCCCCCUGGACCAGUUUAUUGUCAACGAGCAGCUAGCUGCAAUCUCCGAGAAUACUCUCUCCACAGCUUCUGGGUAUGAGUUUCGCGACGCCCGGACCGGCUCCGAGUCCUUCUACAAGUACAUCACGAGCUUCAACAGUAAGGUCGACGCGCUCUCCCGAGCCCACACCGAUGUUUCCGCCGAACCAAGUGUUCCUACCGGGGCUGCCCAACCAAUCGACCACGCCAGUAUCAUCAAGGAGGCAAUUUUGGCAUCAAAGACCACGGCCACCAACGACGCGGCAACCAAAGCCCAAGAGCGAGUACUACCGUCCUGGCGAAUACUCUUUGGCCAUUUCAUCACCCACCCGGAUGGGAGUGUUGAGUACGUGCUGGCUGAUUGUUCGUCCGCCUGGAAGACCAUAUUGAAGGCCAAGCCCCAACUUGCCCUUCGUUUCUUCCACGAAGCCUUCGAACAAUCCAUUAAAGCGCUCCAACCAACCCGCAAUGCUUACCAUGCUCUCUUCGACUGGGAUGUCCAUCGCAUUCAGGCAGCUGGGAUGGCGGCGAUCCAAGGAGCCAGCUUUACCACCAGAUCUCUAGUAAUGAACCCAUCCGAUGCAUUGUCCUGCUUCAGUCUCCUUCAGUUCCUCCCUUCCGACAGGACCGACAAGGACUUGGCCUCGCAUAUUAACAAAGAUGAAGAAGCCUGCAUGCAGGAAGACAUGGGUGAGCAUGUAACCAAGAGAGCCUCCAAGAAGACAAAAUUGUACUCCAAGGGCCGCUGCACCUCCAUUUCCAACAUCAAGAGCACCAUCUCCAACGUAGCACAACUUGCUGCCUUUGCAACCGAAAAUUUCUCCAUGUCCAACAACACACCCUUCAUGGUGGGACAGUUUGACACGGUUAUGGUUGCUUUGUCCCGACCUGAUGCCGUCCAGUGGCAGCAUGUGAUCGACCUCACGGGUGUCGCUGUCCACAUCCUCCAUGACCUCCAAACCGUUUUCCAGGUCAUCGCCGCCGAGGCCAAGGACUUCACUCUCCAUGCCGAAGCACGACCACUUGGCACCAUUCAACGUGCGGAACUAUUCUCUGGCGCACGAGCCCAGACACAGCUCCUGCUGGACAAGAUUGACGAAGGACUUCGAAAUUGUCGCCGCCCCAACUAUCCCAGGACGUCUGCCCUUAGUGCCCUGAUUUCUUCUACCGCGGCCCCCAAUGCUUCUCCUUCUGGCAAACGGUCCUCCGAGUCACCAUCCUCCAAACAAGAUACAGUCGCUUCACCUGCAAAGAAGCCAAAGCCUAGCAACGAGGAAAGCACCACCAGGGGUAUGCUCAUCUGUACUUCCACCGGACGACCACCAAUGCCAGAUCAAAAGUGGAAAGUCAACGGUGUAGAGAAGACUGCCUGUGUCAACUUCCUCUUCCAAAACUUCCAGUGCACGAAUACUCGUUGCACUUUGCUCCAUCUUCAUAAACGAGUGUUCCAAUCUCGUCCUGUUAGCAAACAGGAGUCCUUCAAGACCUGGGUCCAAUCGACUCCGAACGUCAAAUGGGCUCCUGGGCAAGAACCACGUACCGGUUAG